AUGUCACCAAUGAGUUCCGCCGCAUCUGAUAGUCCUAAUAGUAUUUUGAGUGAUCCCACUAAUUCAAGAACUGGUAAUGACGAAAACAAUGAAAGUAGUGGUAAUAUCAAUAAUCAAUCAAAUAAUUCAUUUAAUUCAACUCAAGGUAUACAGUUACCAUCUCAAUCAAGUUAUAUAUUAUCAUCAUCAUCUUCAUUACAACCAAAUAUUGAUCAACUUAAACUUCAACAAAUUAAAAAGAGAAAAAAGCAUAAGAAUUCAAAAUUAGGUUGCUCAAAUUGUAAAAAGAGAAGAGUUAAAUGUACGGAAGAUUUACCUCAAUGUUUGAAUUGUGUAAAACAUAAAGUAAAAUGUGGUUAUCUUGAUUAUAGUGAAGAACAAUUGAAUGAAUUAAGACAAGCUAAAUUAACCGAUCAAUUUGAUGAAUUAACCACCAAUAUCAGUACCACUAAUACUUCUACUAAGAAAGGUAAGAGUGCUAGUAUAAGUGAUGGUCAUGAAUUAGCAAGUUCAAGAAAGAAAACUUCCUCAACAUCGAUAUCAUCAACUUCAACUAAUACUAUGACAUCAUCGGCUAGAACAUCCUUUUCGGCUAAUCCUCCAUCCCUGAUUAAACAACAUUCUAUAUCGUCAAAUGUAUCGGAUACGAAUUCUACAGCUUCAACUACUUACUUAAGAGACGACGAUGAAGAAGAGGAAGAAGAUGAUGACGAAGAAGAAGAAUUUGAAGAUGAAGAUUUAGGUAUAUUAGAUGACUCAGAUAAUAGUGGGGGUAAUAAUUUUAAUCUUAAUGAUUCAACUUUUCAUCAACUAAUGGAUUUCCAAACUAAUGUCGUUACUCAAGGUUUCAAUAAUAUUUUAAAUACAUCUGAUGGAUCGGAUUCCGAACAUCAUCAACAGAUUAUUUAUCCAAUUUAUGCCCUUAGUGGAAAUCAACAACAACAACAACAACAACAACAACUGAGUGAACAAGAUUUGAAUGUUCAUCAACAGUUACAACAAGAUCUGCUGCAUAUAAUAUCUUCUUCUGCUCCUCAACUUCAUCAAUUCAAUCAUCAAAGUCAUACUAGUUUUCAAUCUGAUUCUCAAACCUAUCAUGAUAAUAAUUCUCAAAUUGCGGAAUCUCAACCUCAUCAUCAUCAUCAAAGUUUGGAUAAUACUUUGGAAUCAACCAUUAAUUAUGAUACGUUUGAAAGUAUAGAUUUAUAUGAUAUUUCACAACCAGCAUCAACUCAACCUCAAUCGGGUGAUGAUAUGGAUUGGAAUAGUAAUAGUGGUGCUGAAGGAGGUCAAUUUUUUGCUGCUAAUACUAGUGGCUCAACUCACAAUGCGAGUAAUCGUACCGCCCCCUUUAAUAUCAGCUCCCCUAGAGUAUUUCAACCCUUUACCUCCGGCGCCCCAAGUGGAGCCGGCACUCCAUUAUCAGUAUUCCAACAUCAACCAUCCCAAUCCCAAUUUCCCCAUCAAUCCUUAUUACAACGUCAACCUCAACAACAACCUCAAUUUCAUCAACAGCAGCAACCAUCACAACAAUUAUUCCAACAUAAACAAUCUCAUGACCAAUCAUCACCUCAACAACAGCAAUCAUUUCAAUUUCAACAACAUCAACAAUUACAUUCCCAGCCAGGCUCAAUAUUUUCACCAGGUGGUCAACCAUCAUCAGAACCCCAAUCUUAUCAACAACAACAACAAGCCACACCAGGUUCAAGAGGAUCCAUAUUUUACCACCAUAACGGCAAAUCGACUACCUCAAGUUUACCAGGGGCAAUUCUAAUCAAUAAUGAAGAUAGUUUGAUUAAUAAUGUCUUUUCUUAUAAGAAGCAUGAUGAUAUCGAUUAUGAAAAAGCCUUAGUGGACUUAUUAAAAUUAUUAGGUCCAUCGAUUGAUAAUGGUACUUGUCCCUUACCUGAGAUUAGAAAUGUUUAUCAUGUAUGGUUGAAAUCAUUUAUUUCUCGAUCAUUCCGAACUGAAUUAAUGUUUAGUUGUUUGGUUAAUUUAACUACUAAUUUUGUAAUUUCAACUAUUUUUAAUAAUUAUGAAAGUUAUAAAGAAUUUAGUGAUAAUUUAAAGAUUGGUAGUCAAACUAAGAAGAUUGAAAUUGAAAAAUUAAUUGAUAAGACUAAAUUAAGAAAUUUCGCUUUAGUUAAAUCAAUUAAACAUUAUGCUAAAGUUAUUAAAGAUUUAAGAACAUAUCUUAAUAACAAUGAUGAUCCUGAUCUUUGUGCCCAAGCAUCAUAUUUACUUUCAUUAAUGUCGAUUUACGAUCCUGAAUCUACAUUAAAUUCAACCAAUUGUUUCAGAGAUGGAUUAUUUAGUAUUUUAAAUUAUAAUUUUAAUCUUUUAAUGAAAAGGACAGGCCAUGUUCCAAUUAUGAUUUGGGUUCAUUUAAAAUUUAUGAAGAAUAUUAUGAGAUCAAUUUAUUUACCGGGUUAUGAUCCAAGUUUUAUAUAUGAAUUCAGAACUAUAUUAUUACAAUUUGGACAAAUAUUAAAGCCAAUCAUUAAAUUGAAACAUACUUCCAAUAAUCCAUCAACUUUAGAAUUCAUUGAUUCAAAAUAUAAUAAUUUAAUCAAUAUUGUUGAUGAUUCGAUUGAGAAAUAUUUUCCGAUUUUAUUAAAUAAUUUAACCGAUAUUAAGAUUCAACAACAAGUCUUAUAUGAUAUGCUUUAUAGUUGGGUUAGAUUUUACCCUUCAAGAUUAUUAGUUAUAACUGAGUCAUCAGAUCCAUUAGAAAAGAUCUUAUAUUUGUUUUAUAAGGUUUGGAAAAAAUCAUUGAUUGCUCUAUUUCCUCAAACUAAAUAUUUCUUCUUAAGAGAUUUUGAUAGUCCAUUAAUCUUAGAUUUAUUUGUGAUUAAUCGUGAUGUUGAUAUUUUCUUAUAUCAAUUAGAUAAUCCGAUUAAUAAUUGUUUAGAUGAAGAAGAUUAUGCUCCAUUGACACAUGAAUUAAAAUCAAUUUCAUCCUAUUUAAUUCGAAUCAUUACAUUUUUACAAGUUCGAUUUAAUUUACUAUAUCGUUCAACUGUAUAUGAAGAAAUUGCUAAGAAGGAAUUCCCAAUUGAUGAUGUUAAAGUAUGGAGGGAUUCUAUUACUAAUAUUGAAGAAACUCGAAUUAAAUUUAAUGAUUUUAUUGGAUUACAUGAAGUACCAAUUAAAUCAUUUUUAAAACAUUAUAUUAAAUUAGAGAAUUAUCCUCGUGUUAUAAAUCCUAAUGAAAAGUCAUUCAUUAGAAAAGAUGAUGGUAUAGCCAUUGAUGGUAUUUCUGCUCAAACCCCAUUAACGUUGCCUUCUAUGAUGAAUACUCCAAUGCCAAGUAGUACGAUUAAUGAUGAUGAUAUAUCAAUUGAGGUUGAAGUUGAUUUGAGUAGUUUACAAGAAUCAGGAUUUUUAAAUCGUGAUUUUAAUAUUAUGAAAGUUGCAUGA